CGGAAACAGCGCAUUUCAGGACCAGAGCAGAAUUCCUCGAUUCUUUCGAACCGCAAGAAAACUAAGCAGUGCGUAAUUACCGUUUCUACCCUCCACUCUCUCUCUCCCCCCUCCCCUCCCCAACUCGCCGUCGCAGCGCACGAAACCGCCGCGCCGUCAUCACCGGCGGCAAUACCACAGGCAGUCGAAGCGAUCGCGAAGCAACCGCGCGAAUCGCGCGGAAGAGAAGGGAAAAACGGGGCGGAGGAAGGCGACAAGCGACAGCAAGCAGCAGCGAGGGGGUAGGUGAGUAAGCGUGGGGAGACGGAGCAGAGGUAGUCCAAUUCGCCGCCCCGACGGACGCCGUUAUCACCGGCGGCGGCGCCCCUCCGCUGGAGCCGACGGAUCCGUGGUCUCCUCCGAUCCGAGCCUUAUCCGCCCAUGGGAACUCCAGUUAACAUCAUUGUUGGUUCUCAUGUUUGGGUGGAAGACCCAACUCUAGCUUGGAUAGAUGGUGAGGUUGUUAGCAUAAAAAACAAUGAAGUUCAUGUGCAGACGUCGAAUGGGAAAAAGGUUACUACAGACAAAUCAAAAGUUUUCCCCAAGGAUAUGGAAGCUCCGCCAGGAGGAGUCGAUGACAUGACAAGACUAUCAUACUUACAUGAACCUGGUGUUCUACAGAAUCUUGCUACCCGAUACGAACUGAAUGAAAUAUAUACAUACACUGGCAGCAUUUUGAUAGCGGUAAAUCCAUUUCAAAGAUUGCCACAUCUUUAUGAUACACACAUGAUGGAACAAUACAAGGGUGCAGAUUUUGGGGAGCUGAGUCCCCAUGUCUUUGCAAUUGCAGAUUCUGCUUACAGGGCAAUGAUAAAUGAAGGGAAAAGCAAUUCUAUAUUGGUCAGUGGUGAAAGUGGCGCUGGCAAGACUGAGACAACAAAGAUGCUUAUGAGAUAUCUAGCACAUUUAGGUGGGCGGUCCGGAGUAGAAGGACGAACUGUAGAACAACAAGUUCUAGAGUCAAACCCGGUUCUUGAAGCUUUUGGUAAUGCUAAAACCGUGCGGAACAAUAACUCGAGUCGCUUUGGUAAGUUUGUUGAGAUCCAAUUUGACAAGACUGGGCGAAUCUCGGGAGCUGCUAUCAGAACUUACUUGCUGGAAAGAUCCCGUGUGUGCCAAAUUAAUACUCCGGAAAGAAAUUACCAUUGCUUUUAUUUCCUUUGUGCCGCACCACCUGAGGAUACUCAGAGAUAUAAGUUGACUGAUGCUAGAUCUUUUCAUUACCUGAACCAAUCAAGCUGUAUUGAGGUGGAAGGGAUUAAUGAUGCCGAAGAAUAUCUAGCAACGAGAAGGGCCAUGGAUAUAGUUGGAAUUAACGAGGAAGAGCAGGAAGCUAUAUUCAGGGUUGUAGCAGCUAUACUUCAUCUUGGUAAUAUAAAUUUUGCCAAGGGAACAGAAUUUGAUUCAUCUGCAAUCAAGGAUGAUAAGUCCAGGUUCCACCUUAACACUGCUGCAGAACUGUUGAAGUGUGAUUGCAAUAAUUUGGAAAAGGCACUGAUAACACGAGUAAUAGUCACACCUGAAGAAAUUAUUACCAGAACACUUGAUCCUGCUUCUGCACUUGUUAGCAGAGAUGCAUUAGCUAAGACAAUAUACUCCCGACUGUUCGAUUGGAUUGUGGAAAAAAUUAAUGUCUCCAUUGGACAGGACCCAAACUCAAAACAGUUGAUUGGUGUGCUUGAUAUCUAUGGUUUUGAGAGUUUCAAAGUUAACAGUUUUGAACAGUUAUGCAUCAAUUAUACAAAUGAAAAGCUGCAACAACAUUUUAACCAGCAUGUGUUCAAAAUGGAACAAGAGGAGUAUACCAGAGAAGAGAUAAACUGGAGUUACAUAGAGUUUGUUGAUAAUCAGGAUGUGCUAGACUUGAUUGAGAAGAAAGGUGGAUUGAUUGCACUUCUGGAUGAAGCAUGUAUGUUUCCUAGAUCAACACACGAGACAUUUGCGCAGAAGCUGUAUACAACAUUUAAGAAUAACAAGCGGUUUGCCAAACCAAAGCUUUCACGUACAGAUUUUACAAUCGUUCAUUAUGCUGGCGACGUGACAUACCAGGCUGAUCAGUUCUUGGACAAGAAUAAAGAUUAUGUAGUGGCUGAAUAUCAGGAUUUGUUGAAUGCUUCAUCAUGUCCGUUUGUAGCUGGUUUAUUCCCUUCACUCCCUGAAGAGACAUCAAAGUCUUCAAAAUUUUCAUCCAUUGGAGCACGUUUUAAGCUGCAACUUCAAUCUCUCAUGGAGACUUUGAGCUCUACUGAGCCCCACUAUAUUAGAUGUGUGAAACCAAAUAAUCUCCUCAAGCCAGCCAUUUUCGAGAACACAAAUGUUAUACAACAACUACGAUGCGGAGGUGUUCUUGAAGCUAUCAGGAUCAGCUGUGCUGGAUAUCCCACAAGAAAAACAUUUUAUGAAUUUGUUAAUCGCUUUGGUGUUCUUGCUCCUGAAGUUCUAGAAUGGAGCAAUGAUGAUAAGAUUGCGUGCCAGAAGAUUUUGGCAAAAAUGGGUCUGGAGAAUUACCAGAUAGGAAAAACAAAGGUGUUUCUGAGAGCUGGGCAGAUGGCUGAUUUGGAUGCACGUAGAGCCGAAGUAUUAGGAAGAGCAGCAAGAAUUAUACAGAGACAAAUAUGUACAUAUAUUGCUCGAAAACAGUUUGCCGCGCUUAGAAGAUCAGCAACACAGCUGCAAUCUUUUGUUAGAGGAACAUUGGCUCGUAAGUUGUAUGAGUGCAUGAGGCGGGAAGCAGCUGCGGUUAAAAUACAAAAGAAUGUGCGCCUCCACAAAGCACGUGAAUCUUAUUUACAACUGCAAGCAGCUGCAGUCAUGCUGCAGACCGGCUUAAGGGCAAUGUCUGCUCGCAAAGAAUUCAGAUUCAGAAAGGAAACUAAAGCAGCUGUCCAUAUCCAAGCUCGAUGGCGCUGCCACAGAGACUAUUCACAUUACAAGAAUCUGCAGGGUGCAGCUCUUACUUACCAGUGUGCCUGGAGACAAAGGCUUGCAAGAAGAGAUUUAAGAAAGCUCAAAAUGGCUGCGAGGGAAACAGGGGCCCUUAAAGAGGCCAAGGAUAAACUUGAGAAGCGUGUUGAAGAGCUAACCUGGCGUUUAGGACUGGAGAAGCGAUUAAGGACUGACCUUGAGGAAGCAAAAAGCCAGGAAAUGGCGAAGCUGCAAGAGACAUUGCGUGAUAUGCAGAUGCAAGUUGAAGAAGCAAAGGCUUUGGUUGUUAAGGAAAGAGAAGCAGCUAGAAAGGCAAUUGAAGAAACACCUCCAGUAAUCAAAGAGACUCCUGUAUUGGUUGAAGACACAGAAAAGAUUAACUCACUGACAGCCGAAGUUGAACAACUGAAGGCUCUGCUGGAAACUGAAAGGCAAGCAACAGAAGCUGCAAAGAGAGAACAUGCUGAAGCUGAACGGAGAAACGAAGAACUGAUUAAGAAAUUUGAAGGUGCAGAGAAAAAGGUCGAGCAACUUCAGUACACUGUCCAGAGGCUGGAAGAGAAAGCAACAAAUAUGGAGUCUGAGAACAAAGUGCUCCGUCAACAGGCUGUUGCAAUUUCUCCUACUGCAAAAUCAUUAGCUGCAUAUCCCAAGUCUCCUUUCCAGCUGAAAACUCCGGAGAAUGCGAAUGCUCUGAAUGGGGAGGUGAAAUCAACACCAGAUGUCACUCCCAUCUCUCUCAAUCCCAAAGAACUUGAGGCUGAGGAGAAGCCACAAAAAUCACUUAACGAGAAGCAACAGGAAAAUCAAGACCUGCUGAUCAAAUGUGUAUCACAAGAUCUGGGAUUCUCCAGUGGUAGGCCUAUUGCUGCUUGUCUUAUCUACAGGUGUCUUCUACAUUGGAGAUCAUUUGAAGUUGAAAGAACUGGUGUUUUUGACCGUAUUAUUCAAACAAUAGGCACUGCCAUAGAGGUCCAGGACAACAACGACAAGCUAGCAUAUUGGCUCUCCAAUUCAUCCACAUUACUACUACUACUACAACGAACACUGAAAACAACUGGAGCAGCUGGACUCACUCCUCAGAGGCGCAGAUCAUCUGCUGCAUCAUUUGGGAGGGUGUUUUCGGGAAUUCGAGCUUCACCACAGAGUGUUGGGCGUCCUUUUCUGGGCAGUCGCUUGAUUGGAGGACUAGGUGAUCUUCGUCAAGUUGAAGCCAAGUAUCCUGCCCUGCUUUUCAAGCAGCAGCUGACAGCUUUCCUUGAGAAGAUCUACGGAAUGAUAAGAGACAAUUUGAAGAAGGAGAUAUCUCCGUUGCUUGGUCUUUGCAUCCAGGCACCAAGAACAUCUCGUGCAAGUCUAAUUAAAGGAUCUCGUUCUCAAGCAAAUGCCUUGGCCCAACAAACUCUUAUUGCUCACUGGCAGAGCAUUGUGAAAAUAUUAACAAACUACUUGAAUGUUUUGAAAGCCAAUUAUGUCCCUUCAUUCUUAAUCAGCAAGGUGUUCACUCAAAUCUUUUCAUUUAUUAAUGUUCAGUUGUUUAAUAGUCUGCUUCUUCGACGAGAAUGCUGUUCAUUUAGCAACGGAGAAUAUGUGAAAGCUGGAUUGGCAGAAUUAGAGCAGUGGUGCAUUUAUGCAACUGAAGAGUAUGCAGGUUCGUCCUGGGAAGAAUUGAAGCAUAUUAGGCAGGCUGUUGGAUUCCUUGUAAUUCAUCAAAAGCCAAAGAAAACGUUGAAAGAAAUCACCAACGAUUUGUGCCCUGUCCUUAGCAUACAACAGCUGUAUCGAAUCAGUACAAUGUAUUGGGAUGAUAAAUAUGGCACCCACACUGUUUCGUCAGAUGUCAUCUCAAGUAUGAGAACAAUGAUGACAGAGGACUCGAAUAAUGCAGUGAGCAGUUCUUUCUUGUUGGAUGACGAUUCAAGCAUUCCAUUUUCUGUGGACGACAUCUCGAAGUCGAUGACAGAAAUCGAGGUGACAGAUGUUGAUAUGCCACCUUUGGUCCGGGAGAACUCUGGGUUUACCUUCCUACACCAAAGAAAGGACUAACUGGGUGGUUCUUCGAAUUGCAAGUCUCUUUCACAUUCUUUUCUCCACUCAACAUGUGCAUAACUCGUGUACAUACUCAGGCCUUUUGUUUUCGACUGAAUCAAGUCAUUUAGUCUGGUCAGGGUAAUUUUUAGAGCUGUUUGUUAUUAUCGUUAGCCGUUAGGUCUUCAGUUUGAUUGAUUGGUUCUUUCUUCAAUUUUCUCCCCGCCCACCCCUUUUUUUGGGAAGGGUCCAAGUUUAUAUUGUAUUGGAGGGGUCGGAUGCCCCUCCCUGGUCAGGACCUCGAGCUGCUAUUGGAAAAGCUCGUGGACCUUCAGCGUCUGGAAAGGUUUUCCACUGCAACGAGUCGGUCAUCGUGUCAUCAUUCAUAUGGAUCUUCACCGUAUUGUAAACUGCAAAGAAGAUUAUAGUUGAAAAAAAUUACAGUGACAGCAA